CGAGAUUGGAAAUCGUGCGGGAUGCCUCAGAGACGCAAAUCUCCGAAAGUCCACUGCGGAGUGUAUAAAUGCUCUGCAACCUUCUCACCUCCAAGAUUGAACAUCACGACUGCUUCCUAUCGAUAGCCUGUAUCGUGAAUCAGAGAAAGUGGAAGAAACAUGGCUACGCCGCAGGCCUUCUAUCGCAUAGGUGUUGAUGUUGGAGGCACAAACACAGACUCGGUGAUUCUCGAUACCCGUGCCUCAAAUGCGCCUAAUCGCGGGGUUAUCGCGCUGAAGAAGACUCCGACCACGAGUCCCAACGUCACAGAUGGAAUAGAAACCGCAGUGAGAAGCGUGUUGGAGGAGUCAAAGGUCCCAAGGGAUCAGGUUGCAUGUCUUACUAUCGGAACUACCCACUUCAUCAACGCGAUCGUCGAGCAUGAUGUACGCAGACUGUCCAAGGUCGCCAUCAUUAGGCUAUCAAAAUCUUUCACUAAGGAAGUUCCGCCGUUUUCGGACUUUCCGCCAGCCUUGAAAAAGAUUAUGAAUGGUCAUUACGGCUUCGUGGACGGCGGUUUGCAUAUCGACGGGUCGCAGGAAGCACCGAUAGUUGAAGAGCAGGUUGUACAGCAGUGUGCCGUUAUUAAGGAAAAGGGCAUCGGCGCUGUUGUCAUAUCCGGAGUCUUUUCACCCAUCGACGAACACUUCCAUCAAGAAGACCAGGUUCGCAAGAUUGUGCUCCGCGAGCUUCCCGGAGUCGAUGUUGUGUGCUCCUCAGAGGUCUCCCAGAUUGGCUUUCUGGAGCGGGAGAACGCUUCAAUUCUAAAUGCAUCGAUCCUCAAGUUCGCCAGACGAACAAUUCGCGGUUUCCGUGCAGCUAUGAAGCGGUUGGAUCUCAAAUGUGCCCUCUAUCUGACCCAGAACGAUGGCACCCUGAUCGACGCUCCCGCUGCUGCUCGACUGCCUAUUCGGACAUUCUCCUCUGGACCAACAAACUCCAUGCGAGGAGCUGCCUAUUUAGGCCUUCAAGGUUCAGACGAUAAGUCGGAGCGAACCGCAACCAUUGUGGUAGACAUAGGAGGCACAACAACUGAUGUAGGGGUGCUCUUGCCCUCCGGAUUUCCACGUCAAGCGUCAGCCUACGUUACAGUAGCAGGCGUGAAGAUAAACUUUGGAAUGCCGCAUAUCGAGUCGAUUGGCCUGGGGGGUGGUUCUAUCGUACGUAUCGAUGGAGAGCAGGUCAGCGUCGGACCGGACUCAGUGGGACAUUACCUCGACACUAAGGCGACCGUGUUUGGAGGCGAUACCUUGACUGCCACAGACAUUGCAGUCGCAGCGGGAGAGAAGAUCGGGAACCCAGAACUAGUCAGCCACCUAUCAAAGUCGACAGUUGCUACGGCACAAGCGAAAAUGAAGCAAAUGCUCGAAGGCGUAAUUGAUCUUAUGAAGACAUCACCUGCUCCCCUGCCUGUUCUUCUUGUGGGAGGUGGCUCUGUUAUCUCGCCCACUGAAUUGGAAGGCGUAUCCAAGGUGGUCUGCCCUCCGUUCCAUUCAGUAGCAAACGCCGUUGGCGCGGCUAUAUCGAAGGUCGGGGGUACUGUCGACUCGAUUCAAAACACUGCAGAACAGUCAGCCAAAGAAAUUGUGGAGCAGGCGAAAGCAACCGCCAUCGAACGUGCUGUUGCUGCUGGCGCUCUCAGAGAAACUGUAUACGUUGCGGAAGUCGAUGCCAUACCCCUGCAGUAUGUAGCCAAUCAAAUGCGCGUUAUUGCUCGUGCAGUUGGUGAACUGUCACCGGAGAGCUUACCGCUAGCAAAUGGUGUUUCAGCAGAAGAGGAAGAGGAUGGAGAGGAAGAGAUCUACAACGAGGGCGAGAAAACCAAAUCUUCCCAGGAAGAAGGUGAGAUGCCCACUGUGGACAUCGAUUCGUAUCGGCCAAAGGUAGUCAAAAACCCGGAGACCGGCAAACACGAGUGGAUAAUCUCUGAGACGGACGUUGCUUGGCUGGCAGAUGGGUGUUAUGUUCUUGGAUGUGCUGGUGGAGGUUCUCCGUUCGGCGAAUACAUCCGGAUCAGAGACCAGAUCCGUCAAGGCUAUACUAUCCGUGUGAUCGACGCGACUGCAUUGGAGGAUGAUGCUGUUGUUUACUGGGGUGGCCAUAUGGGAUCACCUGCAGUUUCCGUUGAGCGGUUGGCCAACGACGAGACAGAGCAAGCUGUCCUUGAGUUGAUGGAAUAUCUUGGCCACAAGAAGAUCGACGCUUUUAUGGAUCUUGAGAUCGGUGGCGCGAACGGAUUGCAAGCGUUGGCACUUAGUUCUACAAAGAACCAUGGUUGCCCGGUUGUUGAUGCAGACUUCAUGGGCCGCGCUUAUCCAACAUACUGGCAAACCACUAUCUGCAUCUAUGAGAAGAAUCCGCUGGUGCCAUGCGCACUCGCUUCCGGGGAUGGAAAGACUAUUCUUAUGACAAAGACCACUAACGAUGAGAUCGUUGAUCGCGCUCUUCGGGCUGCAUGUGCAGAAAUGGGCUCCCGAGUCGGGAAGGCCGCUAAACCGACGAGCAAACAUAGCAUCAUCAACUAUAGCGUCCUGAACACCGUCUCCCUCGCAUGGCGCAUCGGUCGCACCAUUGCCCGCGCAGCAGCCACUAAUACCGUCAGUACUGUCGCGGAGCAGAUGAUCGAUGAAUGUGGCGGCCCUGAAGCGGCCAAGAUCCUGUUCCGGGGCAAGAUCGUCUCUGUCGAGAGGCGUCUUUUCAAGGGCCAUUCUUACGGCGAGAUAACCAUCCAGCAAGUGCAGAGCGGUGAACAAGAAGACGUUUCGACAUCGACUCCAGCCGUAGCAACUGGAGGUGUUCUCAAAAUACCGUUCAAGAAUGAAAACAUUUACGCCAAACAUGUCGCAGAUGAUGGCACAGAGACGUACGUGGCUACUGUCCCGGAUCUGAUUUCGGUGCUGGACACCCAGUCUGGACGAGCCCUCGGGGUGCCUGAGUUCCGGUACGGAGUGAUGGUCACCGUACUGGGCAUUACUUGCUCGCCUAGGUGGACAGACACUCCUAAGGGGCUAGAGAUCGGUGGGCCCGGUGCCUUUGGAUAUCACGAUAUCCCGUAUAAGCCUCUGGGGAAGUACGUUGAACCGAAAAGUGUUGUUCUGGAAUACGCGGAGAAGGAGUAAGCCACUGUGGGCUUCGUUAACGUCAUGAGAUAUGUUUAUCUUCGAUGCAAUUUUGUAGAGGCAACCCAUAUAGUAUGCUAGCUACCCUCCUGCUGUCAUCAAUUAACUAUGGUAUGAAUGUUCAUGAACGUCCAAGACUAGGAUGAUUGUAUAGACAAACCACUAAGUACCAUUCCCAACACAAUCAGAAUUUAUCAUUAUUAUCCCUUCCGUCCUGAAAACAACUAGUUACAGUAUACCCUAGAAGUAAUCUAAUCCAAAA